AUGGCUUCCUCCGGUCUCAAACUCUUCGCUCUACUCGCGCUCAUGCUACUCAGCGCGACUAUCGGCAAUGCCAGCUCGAUCCCGCCUCGCCACCUCCGCAUCAACCAGCCAUCGCCAACAAGACGCCUGCAGGGGAAAAUGGGCUGGUGGGCCGUGAUCAAGACCAACCUGGCGUACCAACCCAUCGGCGGCAAGGUCUACCAGAAGCUCAAGCAGAUCAAGGAGCGCGUUCUGGACAAGGAGCAUUCCACUACGCUACACUACUCUACGGAUACAUAG